CACUAUACUCAUCAUAUUGAUGAACACACCUCAUCUGUUAAGAUGUUCUGUAAGACACAAGAGCAAAUCAUGGAAAUAGAGGCCAUUUAUGAAAGUGAUGAAGAUACUGACACUACUGGACCUCGAAAAUGGAGUAAAAACAAGGAUAAAGGGAAAGCUCAAAAUUACGGAGGAAGUAGACGUUUGGUGUUGAUGACAGUGUGUCUCGGGAUCAUUUGUGUUGUUCUGCUGGUCUCCAUCAUAGCGCAGCACAUCUCCAACACAGCAGAGAGAGAAUCUCUCUUCAAGAGUAACAAGAACACAGUCCAAGAGUUCAAUCAGACCAUCAACAGCUUACAGGACAAUUACACUGAACUAAUGACUGAAAAAGAGCAACUGAAGAACAACUUCAGCUCUCUGAGUCAGAAAAAACUGGAGCUGGAGACCAGAGUCAAUGAUCUUACAGCUGAGAAAAGCCAGUUCCAGAGAAACAUUGAUUCUUUGAGUCAGAAGAAACUGGAGUUAGAAAGCAAAGUCACGUCUUUGAGUGAUGAACUGAAGUUAAAAGCUUUUAAUGAAGGAUAUUUGUGCGGUUUAGAUGGUUUGUUCAUAUCCAAUAAGAAGAUGAGCUGGUCUGACAGCAGGCAGUACUGCAGGGAUCGAGGAGCUGAUCUGGUCAUUAUCGACACUGAAGUGAAGCAGAGAUGCAUAAAUUCAUUUGCCAAAGAGAGAAUGUGGAUUGGUUUGUCUGACAUUGAGCACGAGGGCAAUUUAACAUGGGUGGAUAAUUCACCACUGAAUCAAGGGUUUUGGAGCGAAGGUGAGCCGAAUGAUGAACAUGGAAAGGAGGACUGUGUUGAAAUUAUGUCUUCUUGUACAUCUUUUAACCUGAACAACUGGAAUGAUCUCCCAUGCUCUGAGAAGAGAAAAGGCAUUUGUGAGAAAUAGGGUUCAUCCCGUCUUGUUGUGGUUUUACUUCUUUUAUUUUAUGGAAGCAUUUCUUCUUGUGAAUGCUGAAUUUCUGAUAGAGGUGCCUGCCUUUAAAACAGUCUGCUACAUUCAUUUUAUAUAAACGGCUUUCAUGAUAUCAAUUUUGUUUCAAACUUUUCUGUAAAUUACAAAAUUGCAAGCUUAUAUUCAGAUGAAUGGAAAAGUAAAAUUGCCAUUAUUUUCUUACUGCUUUAUUAAACUCAGAGCAUCCAAUUUCUCACAGUGUGAAUCAGGGUGAUCUGGGACACCAAACCUCUAAUGUGUUCAUGCACCAUCUCAAGCAGCUCUAUGUCAUUAUACAGAAGUCUAAAAUUUUAGACUACAGAAGUCUAAAAUGUCCCAGAUUGCCCUGAUUCACCCUAUUAUUCUGAUAUUGAGUUUCUGUCGAACUGCUUUUGUGUUGAUUUGCCUUCUCAUUGAACAAAAUGGUCAAUACCAUCAUUAUCUAGUAAACUUGCCAAUUUUUCCCACA